AUGACUCGAGUCGAAUCGCCAUCGUCCGUUGCUGCUCCUCUUAUCCUGACGGCUCCCUCCACCGCUGUCUUUCGCAUCGCAUAUGCUCGCAUGCUGAAAUAUGCACCGACUCAUUCGCCUGCUGCUGCCGAGAAAUGCAUACAGCGUUCCUACAUCAUUGCUGCCAACAACCUUCAGAUUCAACACAUCCCAUGGCACGCGCCACACUCUGGAGGAAGAGGUCGUCCCUCGCGAAAGGCCGUGCAUGACUCAUGGGUCAAUCUAGGCAAAUCAUCCGUCCCUGACCAUUGCCCCUCGGCAGGAAGUCGCACCAACUCACGGCCCAUUGAUAUGGCUGCUGAGGCAGCGAAGAAAGCCCAAGCCUCGGAUGCUCGAGCCCCAUGGGCAGUCGAAUCAAUCACACUUCAGUCGCUUCCUGAUUUCUUCGCACGCGACUGUCUCCCUGAUGAAUUUAGCCUGGAGCAGAUAGAAUGUAGCAGAGACCCUAUGCUGACAGAGAUAUACGAGUGGGUCUUCGCGAACUUCGACCGAGAAAAGCCGGUCCACAAGAUCGCCUUGCUCGCAGGGAUCUAUUUCAGUCAUGUGCUUCCCGAUAUGUUCUGGGACGUCAAAGACAGGCCCUCCAACGACAAGAUGCAGGGGGAACGGUCUGCCACAAAUGCCAUCAGAAGCAUUCCUUGGAAGGCCAACAAAGGGACGCGAAAGGGAAGCACAUGGAGGCCCCAGUUCAUCGCGAUGGUGCCAGCAUAUAUCAUCUCGGUAUAUGAGAGAGAGAGCCCAUUGCGAGACUACUUUGCGAGGAAGAAAGCAUUCCCCAAUCAAUGGAACGCUAAGAACAGCGCCAAAGGCAUCGGGUCCUUCAAUUUAGUUCGGAUGGGCCUCGCAAAGGCACGCUCCACUCGCAUCUUCAAAGGUGGCGUCCCAUUGACGGAUUGGAUCUUGCUCACACAUGAGGAGUUGGCUGCAAAGCACAGGGAGCUGAUGGGUUUGCUGCAAGAUCGUCAGUAUGGGCCUUUCAAGAUCGCAGUCUCCUUCUUUGGGCUAGACAAAGCAGUGGAAAUUGGAGCCACGACCGGCACAUACACCAAUCAUCCAGCCAUGUCUUCAAUUGCCAUCAAGAAGCGUCCUGCGCCUGCGCCUGACUCUGACUCUGAAGUCGAGAUCAUAGAACAUGAACAGCACAAACGACAGCGUAACUCAACGACUUAG